AUGGACCGCAGAGCCGCCGCCGCCGUGCGCGAUGUCCUCACGAGUCCUGCCGAUGGCGCUGCCACGUGGCAGGCGCUGCUACGUACCGCAGAGGAUCUCGAUACGGAUGCCAAGGUAGCACACGGCGAGUGCAUUGCCCGCGCGCUGCUCAAGCACAUUCCGCUGGCGCCGCUCGUCGAUCGACUGACAUCGGCCGUCCAGCAAUUUGCCGCAAUAUGGCCGCGAGAGGCCUUGAACAUGCUUGCGAACUUGCUGCAACAAGAAGACGAUGGCGUGGGCAAUGCGUCGGGGGUGCGUGGCUGGGUCAUGCACGUGCUUCAACUGACGCAGCUCGUCGACGCACCGCAUGGCACUCUCACACCGCUCGUCGCCGCCUGCAAUGCAGCCAAGCACGCAGAGCGAGACCGCGCGGUCGCCAUCAAGAUCCACGCUCUGCACAUGCGCCUCUUGGCUGCAUGCCCUAAUUUGCAGCCUGCGCAUGUCCUUUGUGCGAGUGAGGACUCGGACCUGCGUCGCUACCUCGCUUCGAUCCCGAGUGGCCGCAACGAUGGUGCUGCGCUUGCCGACGAGCUCGUCGCGCGCUGGCCGGACCCUUCGUCAUUUCUAAAGGACGAGUACGCAGCCACGUGGUUCAAAGUGCACUCGGUGCGCGACCCGUCGACCUACAUUGCGCUGCAACAGCAUCUGAUUGCGACCAAGUACGUGUCGAGCGCGAUCGUCGACAAGCACUUGACGUUCAGCGCGCCGCUCCAAGAGUUGCUGCGAGCGGCGUUGCCUCUGUGUUCCGACUUGACGCGGCGCACGGACCGCUGGCGCACAUUUGCGUUGUCGGCUCCAGGCGCUGGCUACGUCCGAGCCUCGGGGCCAGCCAUGCUCCCUGCAACGAGUGACGCAGUGACCGCACUCCUCACUGCGUGCUCGUCCAGCCACAUCCAGUUCAUGCUCACAGAGAUCCAACGGGCGCUGUGCAACACUCGUGCCGUCGACGACGCCGACCUUCUGCUGCUGGCGCUGUGGUCGCUUCUUGGGGCGUGCGAGGGCCGGGAUCCAAGCGUCCUCGCGUCAACCGUCCACGCUCUCAUCCUCACACUCUCGCCACGCGGGUUUGAUGCCGACGACAACCUUCGCCGCGUCUGCGUCCUUCAGAGCCUCGUCGCCGAUGGUCGGCUGGCGGCUUGGCACUGGCUCUGGGUGGCCUGCCCCGGUCUACUGGGGACGAUUUUGCGGGAUGUGAUGCAGCUGGUGGCGACGGCCGACUCGCCAGCAUGCGCGCACGUGCUCCUAUUGCUCGCACAGACGCUCCUCGUCGAGUGCACGGCAAGCUGCCGCGAGCACGAGGCGUCGCCCGAGCUCGCUGCUCGGAUCCUCGGUCCCGGUCGUCCUCGUUGAAGUAGUAGAAGACCGUAAAUACCGCGAAUGUCAUGAAUGUAUGUAUGGUGGUGCAAGUGAAAAAUGGGCG